GUACUCGAGAGGAUAACUUCCUCUCUGAAGAUUAAUUUGCAAGUCGCGCUGCAGGUCCUCGAAAGCCUCUUGUACAUUGGCCAGGAACAAACGGAGAUUCUGGAACGUGACAACAAGAGUCCUGUCGAAUGGCGGAUGUCCCUGCUGAGUCUGGAAGAUAACAAUAUGGCAGAUGCCUUACGCGCGAUGUCAAAUGGGUCUUUUGAGCCGCCCGCGGAUGAGGCCGACCUCCCCAAAACAGCCCAUCAAUCCAUCUUUAGCGCUGGCGCCCAAAACGGGCAUUCACCUGUAGCACCACCACCACCCAUUCCUGCCGAUGGGAAACCUGUAGCAUACUCGACAGAUUUACCCUGGGAUGUAAGAGAUGACGAUGUUUUAGGCUUGACAACGAAGGCUCCUCGGCCAAGCGAUAGUAAAAUAAAGGCCUUCUUUGGUACCGAUGCCCCUCAACAUUACCUCGAGACCAUCAAUGCAGACGCAAAACCAUGGUACCUUCGGCCCAAUUAUGAUUCCGCCGAAAUACUUCUCGAUCCAGAUGGCACUGUGCGUGGAGGCACCGUACCAGCUCUGGUAGAAAGAUUAACGGCGCACGAGUAUGCAGAUCCAAAAUUCAUCAAGGCUUUCUUGAUGACUUACAAAUCGUUCACCAAUCUCGACACCUUGUUCACCUUACUGGUUGAACGGUUCUGGAUCCAGCCCCCAGAAAACCUCAAUGCGGCGCAGCUUGGCGAAUGGAGGAAAUUCAAGCAGUACAUUAUUCGAACGCGUGUCAUGAACACGGUUAAAUCCAUGGUUCAAGACACGGACGUAUUGGAAAAAGAAGACAUGUACAUUCUGGACCGUAUGCAGGACUUUGUGUCGCGAGACGAAGUUAUCAGUCUGCCAGCAGCAAAGUCAAUAUUAGACGCGAUUAAGCGGGCUCAACGAGGUAAGAAGAUGACUAUAAAGACGUCACAUCAACAGCCACCGCCACCGCCUAUAGUUCCAAAGAGGAUCGACCUUUUGGAUAUAGACGCUUUGGAGUUGGCGAGGCAACUGACUAUCACAGAAAGUCAGCUCUACCUGAAGAUUAGGCCGAUAGAAUGUCUCCACCGGUCGAAACAGCAGAAAACCGAUUAUAAUGAUAAUAUUGCCAUUUUCAUUCGCAGAAGCAAUCGGAUCGCAAAUUGGGUUGCUUACGCAGUGCUUUGUAAAGAAGACUCUCGCAGGCGGGCGUCUGUAAUGAAACAUUUUAUUAAUAUUGCAGAUCGGUGUCGGUCCCUACAGAAUUUUUCUACGAUGCUUGCCAUAGUCUCGGGGCUUAAUUCCUCUCCUAUUCGUCGACUGAAACGUUCAUGGGAGCAGGUUAGCGCUAAGUUGAUGUCGCAGCUGGAGACAUGCGAGACGACCAUCAACUCGUACAAGAACUUUAAUAUUUAUCGAUCGGCUUUGGCGAAAGUUUCGCCGCCUUGCGUGCCUUUCAUUGGCGUAUUCCUUACCGCUCUUACGCACAUUCAGGAUGGAAGCAAAGACUCUUUACCGGGCCACCUAGUUAAUUUCCGGAAACGACAAAAGGCGUCUGAAGUGAUACAAGAUUUACAGCAAUGGCAGGCUCAGCCUCACAACUUCCGCGGUUUACCAUCCGUCCUCGCAUAUAUUGAAGAUUCCCUGAACCAGUUUGGGGAUAAAGAUGUGGGGGAUGACUUUUGGGAGCUGAGUCUGGCAAGGGAGCCGCGAGAAAAGGAGGAGGAAAAACUGGCACGCCCUUUUUAAUCAACGGCGCUCCGUUACUACAUUUCCCUUUAUACCACCCAGCUACAUCAUAGCAGUCUAAUGUAUUCAGGUAGUCAGUGUAUUGUAAUAAUGCAAGUUGCCCUUU